AUGCGGGAGGCGCUAGGGUUGGUGCCCAAGCCGCCCAAAGUGCGCUCCGACGUCUCCGACCACUCGUCCGUCUCCGACCCGGGCAUCGAGACCGCCUUCGAGGAGCCUGCCGGCACCGACAGCGAUUUCCGUGACGACGUAGGUGAGCGACACUACCGCUACAUGUGUCAGCAACUGGAUGUCAUCCCUUCGAAGAUGUUCAUCCGCCAGCUGCAAACCGACACCGCCAGCUUCCGUGUAAUGUUCACUCCGCCCUCCCGUGGCAACUGUUACUACGGUCUGGAUCCGAGAGCAAUUCGUCCCAUUACGGAGUGUCUGGAACAAAAUAAAUUCGUCAAAUAUCUCGACCUUGAAGACAACUGGUUGGUCUAUGACUCAGCCUGCCAUCUUGUGACUCUCUUCCGAAUAAAUGACACCAUAGAAGGCCUGAAUUUGACCGGAUGCAGGCUGGGGCCGCAGAGCGCGUGGAAGCUGAGCGAACUGCUGCUGGCGACGAGUCGCCUGCGCGAGCUGCUCCUGAGCAACAACGCUCUGGGCGACGCGGGCGUCGUGGCGCUGGCCGAAGGCAUCUGCGAUAACUCGUCCGUGCACACGCUCGACCUGAGCCGCAACCACCUGGGCCGCGGGGCCGCCGCGACGCUGGGCGCCGUCCUGCAAGAGAACUGGGCGCUGAAGACGCUCGACCUCUCCUGGAACUCUCUCUUCGACGUGCAAGGCUUCCAGAAGCUCGUAGACGGUCUCAUACAAAACCAGGGCAUAGAGACACUAAAUCUGACUGGCAACGCUCUGGGUAUUGAUGUCUUGGAAAUCCUUAUGGACCUGUUAACCCAGAGCACUACUCUGAAAACCCUGGAUUUAAGUUUUAAUCGGCUAGAUGAUGAAUGUAUGUUAGAGCUAAGGCAACCCAUUGCACAAAAUGAAUACUUGCGUGUUCUGAAACUGGGCAACAACCCCAUAUCAUACUCCGAAGCUGGAGCCCUUCUCACCGCUAUUCAGAAGUCUCCUAGCAACGUUUUGGAACUCUUGGAUAUGGAAGGAAUAUGGGUGAAUAAGAAGUUUAAAGUGCGAGGCAAAGAUCCAGGAUGUGCGGCCUUUCUCGAGCGUGAUAGCGGGCGUGGUGUCCAACUACGAGAUCCAGGAGCCCGACCGCAUCCUGCUGCUGAUGAAGCGCGCCUACUUCGAAGGCAUGAGCCCCAAGAAGAAGAAGCAGAAGCGCGACUUCGGAAUCCGGUUCCAUUGGCCACUUUCAUCGAGCUAAUCCAAGCAGAGAACCUGAAAAUGACAGAAACCCUGUGCACAGCCCUUGGCCGUAAAUUUUUCGACAAGAAGCGGCAAGUGGACCUUGGUAAAAUGACGAAGGCGUACAUGGAGUACUUCCCGGAUACCAAGCUGCCUCCGCCCCCGGAGCCGAAGGUGAAGGGCAAGAAGGGCAAAAAGGACAAACAAUCCGGGCCUGUGAUGCUUCUCGGCUUCCUCUUCUUCGGACUUCUCAUGAAGAUCCCAUGGACAAGAGGGAGACGUACACGGCAGUUUUCAAACUUUUGAGAAAAGAGAGAAGAUCCAAUGAAAUGACAAUGUACCAAGUUUAUUUUUUUGAGGGAUUACUUUUAAGAUUUAGUACUUAUACAAUUUAAUUUAUAUACGAUGUAUUAUUUCUUUAAUAAAAUAUUUACUUUAA